CAAAUUCACGAGAAACAUUAAAAAAAUAAUAGAGUCCCCCAAAAAACCAUCACGUUUGGGAAAACUAGAAGACAAGGUAAAAACAAAACAAAAGCCGCACAUGUCCGAUAAUUCUCCGAACCCAAAACUCAAACCUCAAAAAACAACAACACGAUCUAUCUGAAUUCCAUAGGGUUCCCAAUUCAUGGACCUGGAAAAACAAUUUCCUAGGGCGUGAAAAACUAAAAAGCAAAGGAAAAGGAAUUUUCAAGCUAGGGCUUGUUGCACAUGGAGAUUUCGGAGACGGAUAGGGUUCGAUUGAAGAGGAAGACUUUGCAGUCUGUGGUGGAACAGUGUCAACGAGCUCUUGAAUUGCUCGCUACGACGAGCGGUGUUGACGGUGGCGGUGACGAUGAGGAAGACGAUGACGGUGACGGUGACGGUGGCACACGUGGCGAAAGCUCAGCCUCGGGAUCUCUCCGUGGCAGUGAUCGAGAAGCCGAUGAGUUGUGCGAUCUUCUUAAGUCUAGAGUUCAAUGCGUCGACUUCCUUGAAAAGCUAGAGAGUGCACAGGCAACAGUUCCACAAAAUAUGGCUGAAGGUAAUUCUUGGGAUGUGGUCGAUAAAAAUGAUCUAUGGGAAAGAGAAAGUGAUGAAUCAGAACAAGAAGACUAUGUUCUUGUUAAGCAAGAAGAUAUAGUAGAGGGCAUUGCGUGCUUCAUGGCUGCAUAUUUGUUGUCCCUCAAACAGACUAAGGAUUUGACGCCAAACCAGCUCCAGGAUGCCCUUAGCAAGACAUUCUCAGUGAAAAAGAAAAAGGGAAAGCUUCGGAAGGCAUGGGAUGGAAGCAAAGUUAUUUAUAAUGUGGCAUCUUGGGGUGCAACUGCUAUAGGGAUAUACCAAAACCCUGUAAUUCUAAGGGCUGCAACCAAGGCAUUCUGGACUUCUUGUCAUGUGAUAUCAAAGCUUCUCUGAUUUGCUUGUGCUGCGUGGAGAAAAAGUCCGAUGUUAGGAUUCUUUGUCGUAUUUGUGGUUGUGCUAGCUCGGUGUUCCAUACGUUGUAACAUUAAUGCAAUUCAUUUCAUGACCACUGAUUAAUUAGUUUGUUGACAUCAUUUUUAAUCCUGUAAAUAUUUCUUCCUUUCGAAGCAUUUCCAGAGUGCAAUUCAAAUCAUUGGAAAAGUUUCAUUGUAAGGCUUGCAGUCUUAUUCUUACUUGCACUUUUAUUAAGGUUAUCUCCCUGAGUGCACGGACUUGCAUUAGCUAGCAACAGAUGUAUAUAUUCGUUGUAUUAUUAUGUUGUCAAUAAGUGGCACCGAACAACCGAUGGGAUUA